CUCUCCUUUUUUUUUUAUAAAAAAAAUGUGGCAAGAAGCCAAAGCAAAUGACCGAAGGGUUAAAGAAUUAAUGGCUAAUCAUAAACGGCGUGCAGAAAGACGUCGAGCAUAUCAUGAAUCAAGACUUGGUGAUCCACAGCAACUAUUGCGUGUCAUUGGUUCUUCAUUGAAGCUAUAUCCUGAUGCAGAACAAUUUUAUUACCACGAAAACCCAGAAAACCUAAUGCCUUGGUUAGGGAAUCCAGAUAUAAAGAUUGAUCGAUUCGAUGGUCGAUCCUUACUUGACUCUGUACCUGAGCCAGUACAAGGACUAAAGGAAGAUAACGAAGAUACAGAUGAACUCAAUUUUGAAAGAUACAGAGAUUUGAUCGAAGCAGAACGAUUGAAUAUAAGUGAAGCAGAUCAGCUGGCUCAAGUGGAAGAAGAAUGGACAAAGUUAUUGGAUCGUCAUCAAGCUAAAUUAGCAUUGAUUGAUAAAUCUAGUAAAGAGUCAAAAACACGAUCAAAUGCCAUUGGGUUUGACUAUGGAACAACCAAAGUAGUAGAAGAUGACACGAAGCAACAAGAGACUUUGCUUAUAUAUGAACCGGAUCUUCUGGAGCAUGUGGACGAUUUGACAGAAAAGGACAAGGAAAAAUUGAAUGCUAUGUCUUCAAAGUAUGGCGUCAAGAGUUAUGCCCGAUUACUCCGUGUAGCCAAAAAGGACCGAGAUGCUGAACUAAAGGUACUGAAGAAGAAGCAGGACGAAAGGAAACCAAAGGAUCCAUCUGCAAAGAAGGGCAGAAGGAAGAGAAAGAGAAGAAGAAGACGGUAUGAAGAUGACGAUGAGAGAGAUAGGUACAGACGACGAUAUAGUCCAAGCUAUGAGCCCUAUGGAAACGAUGAUGAUGAAGAGACAUCUACUAGCAGUGGCAGUAUGGAUAGCGAUGAAGAAAAUACAAGCUCUGAUGCAUCUGAUUUUAUUAUUGAGUUUGGAUCGAACGCCCCUGAAGAAAAAAAUGAAUCAACUCUAGUAGAAAAGCCUCAAGAGUCUGUACAAACAACGCAAAAAUCAGAACAAGAAAAGAAGCUGACGCCCAUGGAGAAGCUCAAGCUGAAGAUGAAGGCUGGGCUAGAAAAGCAAAUUAUUUUGGAUGAAAGAAGUAAACGGCAAAAGGAGCGAGAAAAAGAAAUUGAACAACUACAAGAGCUUGCGAAAAGCCAAAAGUUACCUGCGAAUAGCUAUAUGAGACCAGAGCCUCCCAGGAGACCAUUACAGGAUCGUAAAGAACGAUAUAGAUCUCCAUCAUCUUCACCUGAAAAGCCGCCAACCAGAUACAGAUCACCUUCUACAGAAAGUGAAAGGGGACGCUCUCCUGUUCCAAAAGCCAAGGAAAGACACAGAUCACCCUCCAGUUCAAAGGAGAGGACUUCCAAGCAGCGAUACAGGUCUCCAUCUAGUUCCAGAGAAAGGGCUUCCAAGCAUCGAUAUAGAUCGCCUUCCAGCUCAAAAGAAAGAACUUCUAAAAGACGAUACAGAUCUCCAUCUAAUCCCAAAGAAAAAUCCUACUCAAGACGUAGAUCUCCAUCUAGCCCCAGACUUGCAAGCUCUAGUCACCGUCGAUACAGAUCACGCUCAACAAGUCACUCUCCUACUAGGCACCAGAAGAGAGACAGGUCAAGGGACAGACACUCGAAGAGAUACAGAUCGCCUCCUAAAAGGAGCUCGCACAGCAGUAGACGAUCCCCUUCGAGAGAAUCUAGCAAAUAUCGCUACAAGAGACAUUGAUAUAAAUAACAAAAAUAAAAAUAAAAGCCUGCUUUAUUAUUCUUCAGUCA